GACUCUCCAGAAAUGCUGUCGCAAAAGAAUGCUGCAUUAACUGCUGCUCUGAGUUCGCCAUCGGGCGAAAUGAGUCAGGUUUUAAGUCAGCUGAUAAAGUCAGAGUCUAUCCCUGAGUCGCACAUUUCUCCAGUUAUCCCUCUACCCUCACAUUCUCCAAUGCUUCUAGACCAGCAAACCCUCCCUGUUACUCCUACACCUACCAGUGUUAUGUCACCUGAAACUUUCUUGGCAUUUUCUCAAGCAUACAGUCUCUUCAAUACUCCGUCUCCAAAAGAAGAUGGUUUCAGUCAAGCUGGCACACCAGCAACAACAUCUGUAAAACCUGUCAUUGACCUUGAUCUCAGCUCGCCACAAGACACCGUAAUCGACUCUCCCAUCGUACUCAAACAAGAAAAGAUUGAGCCUCGUAAGAGUGAUUGUUCGGUAGCCAGUUUACUUGAUAGAGAUCUCACCGACUGUAACCGCCAGCCUACCAUCCCCUCAAGUUUCACCGAAUUCGAAACUUACACUCAACAAAAAUCUCAAGUUGUAACCCAAAUCUCAGCUGCAGCGGAUAGUCCAGUGUUUUCUGAAUCUUUCUUGACUGACGGCAAAACUGAGAGCAAACCUUCAGAUAGCAAGUCAGACAAAUCAGAACAGAGGCCGAAUUCUGGCAUUAGAACUCCUCCAAUGGAAUCACUUUCAGAUCAGGCAGAGAAACUUAUAAAAACUCCUAUCUAUGAUCUAUCCCGCCCCAUUACAGGCCAAUGUUUGCGACAACAAAACAACACAAAUAUCUCUGAGAAAUUGCGUGACCUGCGAAUAUCCUGUCAGGUCCCCAUGGAAAUACCGUGUAAGACUUCAACUCAGCAGGGUGAUUUCACACUUCUUGGCAUGGAGUUCGCUACUGUCCCCCAAGGACUUUUAAGCGGUUCAAGAGAGCGCCAUAAAGUUACCUCAGAUGUAGGCUCUAGUUCUAACUCUCCUCAAAUUACCCAAAAAGGAGAUCGGAAUGAGAAUAAUUUCAAAUUUAACAAAAGUAACGAGAAUUUCGGGAAUCCGUCUGACGGUUUUGGUGCUUCUCAACUGGAAAUUCCCUUUUCUCAGCUUGAUGGUAGAUAUGACAGUGGAAAGUUUCCCAGUCAACCAGAUUCCAACGGGAGCCAAGAAAACAAUUCUUAUCACAGAUUGGAAAGCCCUUCUAAUCAGUCUCUCAGAGCCAGAGGUUACCGUGCCAAAACUAAGAUAUCUAAAAACAUAGUUCAGCGGGCAGCAGUAAUGAACGAAAUUUGUACUACUUUUAAAUUGUGUCAGAAGAAUGUCAGGGUUUGCAGAUCUAUGACUGUGUAUCGUAAGAUGACAGACUCUAGGAUGGUAAUCAGAGGUAAGCUGAUGGAGUGUAGUCAACUGAUGGGUUCUAUCAAGAUACAGAACCGUAAAGAUCAUGAUAGAGCACAAGCUGACUGCAAAGUAACACCGAAGCUGUACCCGCGACUGAUGUCAGAACUGGAAAAAGAGCUAAACUCCCUGACUAAAGUUUACAUGCAGUACAGAGAUAUAGUACUGAAUCUCCGGGAACUCUACACCGAGAACAAACCUAACUUAUCAGAGAACAAACCUAACUUAUCAGAGACCAAACCUAAUGUGAAGGAGGUAGACCUUACAGAUAUUAGGGGUACUGUGUUGACUAAGCGGAAGCAGAGUAGAGGGAGAACGAAGAAGGAAUCAACAGAAAAGAAUAAACCUUACAGAAGAGAAGCGCUAUGCAUUGUACAAGGUGAAGUUGUCUCCGAGAAACCCAGGAAAUCAAGGAAAUCAAGGAAGACUGCGGAGAAAGCAAAGCAACUGUCUCCGUCUAGGACAACUCAACUCGUCCAGGAAGCUAUACCUCCAAUCACUCCGGACACAAGUCAUCAGCAGAAUCAGUCUAGAAGGUUCAAACCCAUUCAACCGAAACCAGAAAUCCAAUAUCAAACGAUAAUGGUGAACGUCAAGUCGCCGAAAAAGUUGGCUGACGUUCUUAAAUCUACUGAGAGUAGCCCGAAAAGAAGUCCUAGAAGUCCCAGAAUUCGAACAGAGGAACAGAGGGAAUCUCAAGUUGUUAUCGAGAAUUUCUUCAGAUUACAAAAGAUCAAGCUUGAGAAAGGAGAGUGUACUUUAUCCCAGCCUAUAUUGCAGACCAAGUUGUCUGGUGACUCACCUACCCUUCCUGCAAGAGUUCGAGAACUCCGAGGUUCACCAAAACAACCAAGACGGCGGCGCUCCAAAUCUUCUCCAACAUCUCCCAAAUCACCUGCGUCAUCCUCCCAAUCACCUCUUUCGUCACCAGGUUCAACACCUCCAUCACUGAGAACCCCACCUCCCUCAAACUCCAGUGCUCCUACCCAACUUGACCCCAUGUUCAGGACCCCACCUCCCUCAAACUCCAGUGCUCCUACCCAACUUGACCCCAUGUUCAGGACCCCACCUCCCUCAAACUCCAGUGCUCCUACCCAACUUGACCCCAUGUUCAGGACCCCGGAGAGAACGAUCAGGGAUGUGGGGACCUGUACACCACCUCGAUCUUCUCUUAUCAAUUCUGCUACCAUGUUACCCUGUUACCCUUACCCUUCUCCUCUUGUUAAGGAGAUAAAGAUAAGAAAUGUGAAGCGCAAGACUUCAGAGCAGAUAGUGACACGUGUCCAGGCACACAAAGCUCUGGAUAAUCUGGAAACUAUCCAUCUUUCCCCUAAUAUCAGAAAUAUGAAGACUGACCAGUCGCCACCACACGAUACAUUGACAAACUACGUAGCUAAGAAGGAUCUGUUACAAAACAGUGAUAAGAUAACAGUAGUGGGACAGUGUAGUCCUGUACCUGUUAUUCCCCUUCCAUCUGAGGAAAAUGCGUCCGUGGACAAUAUUGUCAGGUUUUUGAUACAGCAGAAUAAGAUUGGUACUGGAUACAAUGCUAUUUACACAGUCUUAGACAACGAGAGGAUCUACGGAUCACUUGAUGCGAAUGGGCUAACUGUCAGCUGUAAUGCGAUCUACAAGUCGUGUGGUCAAUGGAUCAGAUCUCUCCAUAAGUUGCCCUGUUCCAGUUUAGAUUCACUACGAAUGGUUUUCGAGACGAGAAGCAACAAGACGCUAUAUUCGGCCAUUGAGGAGUGUUGGAAGGCGGAGCGCGCGGUAAAAUCUACGCGUGAAAAGUCUGAAACAGAAGGGGCUCACCUUGACAGAAACGAAGACCUAAACACUGUUAAUAGCGGAUUUGAAGUUCACCGAGACGGAUUAGAGUUCUUUGACAUCAUCUCGAUUUUGGAGCAGAACGUGGAGAUGAGAAUGGUGGAGCUUGAAGAGUAUAUUCCAUGUGCUGAACUACAGUUGCCGUCCCAUUUCUGGCUUGUAGAGUCGGCCGGAGUGCCCGCUUCAAUUUUAGCGGAUAUCGAUGAUUGGCCUGACCCCUGAGUUCAUCAGUUUACUAUGCUAUAAGUAUGCUAUAACUUAUUGGGAGAAUAGUUUAACAUUUUUAGAUACACAUUUUAAGCCACUCCAUUAUUGAUUUCAUUUUCCGAUUUUACUGCGGUUAGAUACUGGAAGAGCCGCAUCGGAUGUUUAGUGUUUCUUUUUUAUUUGUUUGACAAUUGUUCGAUAACAUGUUAUUAUUUAAUACCAUUAUUAAGUUA